CUACCUUCUGAUACAACAGCCACACUGCAACUACAGUCUACAGAGUCAAGAUCAUCAUGAAUACUGCAAUGACUGUUAUUGUUCUUCUGGUCUGCUCAGACGUCAUCUGCAUGAUACAAGGGAGAACUAUACAAGAUCCUCGGUGCCGCUGUCCUACAGUACACACAGGGGGGGUGAAUAUCAGUUUAAUCAGGAAACUGACCUAUUACCCUCCUCGCUCACACUGCUCUAAGGAAGAACUCAUUGUCACACUGAAAUCCGGAGGUUUGCUCUGUCUCGAACCAAAUGGGAGCUUUGCCAAAAAACUGAUUAAAAGACAGACCAAAGUAAAUCAACAGCGUCAGAAUCAACGUUCCAUUGAGACUCUCUCCACACAUACCACCACUAGCACUUGAUCACU